AAUGUAAUGUAAUACCAGAUAAGAAAGAGAGUUCCUUCAUUCUCUCUCCAUACCUUCCAUGGCGGGCUUACAUUCAGCCCCCACGGGUUCCUCUUCUUUAACUAGGCUUCACUCAUUACCACUUCCCUCACUCAAAUUACGACACCCUUUUCUCUUCUCUCCCUCUUUCGCUUCUUAUUUGACCUCAAAACGCCUUCACGGACAUGGCCUUCGAGUUCGUGCAUCUUCUGCAAGUGUCGCCACUGACCCAGGCAAUGGUGCCAUGCUCACUCAGGAGAACAACUCCAAUGUUACGUCUUAUGGAAGACAGUAUUUCCCUCUUGCUGCUGUUGUUGGUCAGGAUGCCAUUAAGACUGCUCUGUUACUUGGGGCUAUAGACCGUGAAAUUGGAGGCAUUGCUAUCUCUGGGAAGCGAGGCACAGCCAAAACUGUCAUGGCUCGUGGGCUACACGCAGUUUUGCCGCCCAUUGAAGUAGUUGUUGGUUCAAUAUCAAAUGCUGAUCCCGCAUGUCCUGAUGAGUGGGAUGAUGAUCUAGCUAAAAAACUGGAGUAUGAUUCUGCUGGCAAUAUUAAGACUCAAGUUGUCAGGUCUCCCUUUGUUCAGAUUCCACUUGGAGUAACAGAAGACAGACUUAUUGGGUCUGUUGAUGUUGAGGAAUCUAUAAAAACAGGAACGACUGUUUUCCAGCCUGGCCUUCUUGCUGAAGCUCAUAGAGGUGUUCUAUAUGUUGAUGAAAUCAAUCUCUUGGACGAGGGUAUUAGUAAUUUGCUUCUUAAUGUAUUGACUGAAGGAGUUAAUAUUGUGGAAAGAGAGGGAAUCAGCUUUAGACACCCUUGUAAACCACUCUUGAUUGCUACAUAUAAUCCGGAAGAGGGUGCUGUGCGUGAACAUUUAUUAGAUCGGAUUGCAAUCAACUUGAGUGCAGAUCUUCCAAUGAGUUUUGACGAUCGUGUUGCGGCUGUUGGAAUUGCAACUCAAUUUCAGGAAUAUAGUAGUGAAGUUUAUAAGAUGGUUGAGGAAGAAACAGAGGUUGCAAAAACUCAGAUCAUUUUGGCGAGGGAGUAUUUGAAAGAUGUUACUGUCAGCAGGGACCAAUUAAAAUAUCUGGUUAUGGAAGCAAUUCGAGGUGGAUGUCAGGGACACAGAGCUGAGAUAUAUGCUGCCCGUGUUGCGAAAUGCUUAACUGCUCUGGAAGGGCGUGAAAAAGUUACUGUUGAUGACUUGAAAAAAGCUGUAGAACUUGUCAUUCUUCCACGUUCAGUCAUUAAUGAAAAUCCACCCGACCAGCAAAAUCAACAGCCUCCUCCUCCGCCUCCUCCACAAAAUCAAGAGUCUGGGGAAGAAGAACAGAAUGAGGAAGAAGACCAAGAGGAUGACGAGGAUGACAAUGAUGAAGAGAAUGAACAACAAGAUCAAGUACCUGAAGAAUUUAUAUUUGAUGCAGAAGGAGGUUUGGUGGAUGAGAAACUUCUUUUCUUUGCUCAACAAGCACAGAGACGCCGCGGGAAGGCUGGGAGAUCAAAGAAUGUUAUAUUUUCAGAAGAUAGGGGAAGAUACAUUAAGCCAAUGCUCCCAAAGGGUCCUGUACAGAGAUUAGCUGUUGAUGCAACCCUUAGAGCAGCCGCGCCAUAUCAAAAAUUGCGCAAGGAGAAGGACUCUCAGAAGAUUAGGAAAGUUUUUGUGGAAAAAUCUGAUAUGAGGGCAAAGAGAAUGGCACGAAAAGCAGGAGCACUGGUUAUAUUUGUAGUUGAUGCAAGUGGCAGCAUGGCUUUGAACAGAAUGCAAAAUGCUAAAGGUGCUGCUCUAAAGUUACUAGCAGAAAGUUAUACAAGCAGGGAUCAGGUUUCUAUUAUUCCUUUCCGUGGAGAUUCUGCAGAAGUUCUUCUUCCUCCUUCUAGAUCAAUUGCAAUGGCAAGAAAACGUCUUGAGAGACUUCCAUGUGGUGGAGGUUCACCCCUUGCUCAUGGUCUUACCACGGCUGUCAGGGUUGGGCUAAAUGCAGAGAAAAGUGGCGAUGUUGGACGUGUAAUGAUUGUCGUAUUGACUGAUGGUAGGGCAAACAUAUCACUAAAAAGAUCCACCGAUCCUGAAGCUGCUGCUGCCGCUGAUGCCCCAAGACCGUCGUCACAAGAGUUGAAGGAUGAGAUUCUUGAAGUUGCGGGUAAAAUAUACAAAUCAGGGAUGUCUCUCCUCGUGAUCGACACUGAAAACAAGUUUGUUUCAACUGGCUUUGCCAAGGAGAUUGCUAGAGUAGCUCAAGGAAAAUAUUAUUACUUGCCAAAUGCUUCAGAUGCUGUUAUCUCGGCCACAACGAAGGACGCUUUAUCAGCCCUGAAAAACUCAUGAAUCAUUAGAGGCUAUGUUUUGCUUUGAGGCUGAUCUGACCAUAUUCAUAUUCAUGUUCAUGUUCAAGUUAUUGUAAUUUAUCCCACAUGUAAGUUUCACGUGGAAAUGAGAUUCCAAUUUUCUCUUGUAGCGGCUUCUCACAUAAUAAAUCACUUUGUUAGUUUAGUUUCUCAAAA